ACGAACGCGCGCGUGAAAAGGCGCGCAAAUUGACGUUUCAAUUUUUAAUACUUUUUUUUUAAUUGCGCGGGCCAUGUUUCUGGGAAUACGUAGUGUCUGUUUGUGAUUGUUUUGUUUUUUUUUUGUGAGGCAGUUUUAAUUUUAGGGAAACCAAAUUCAAGAUGGCGGAUGACAUUCCAACUGUCAAUUUAGAUGACACGUCAUCUGACAAGACAGAUUCGCCCUCUGACAGCAAUAGAGACUCACUCAAUAGUCUAUUGCAGAAAACCAAAGACAAUAAUGAAAACUGCGUAGACGACUGCGAUCUAGGGAAGCAAUGCUCUAUGAUUUGUUCGGAUAGCUCAAAUGAAUCCAAGGCGCGAAGUGCGUUUUGUUGCAAUUCCAUGGGCCAAUCCGUGUGGGGAGUUAUUCUUAUGAUACUGUCAAUAAGUGGUUUUAUUUAUUUUAAUCCCACUGACAUAAUGUUAUGGGAGAAACUAAAUAUGAGACCUGGUCUCCCGCCUUACGUAUGGUGGUCUGACCCGCCAGACCAAGUACGUACGAGGGUGUACGUUUUCAAUAUUACGAACCACGAUAGGUUUCUGGCGGGUCUGGAUGACAAAAUCAAUGUUAAAGAAGUAGGACCAAUUACGUAUUUAGAAAAAUUAUUACAUUCAAAGAUACGAUUCAACGAAAACGAAACAAUGACGUACGAGGCGAGACGAUUUUUAAUCUAUCUGCCCGAAGAAAACACCAUCGAUAUCAACACAACAAUUAUUGUUCCUAAUUUGGCAUUAUUGGGAAUAGCAUCACGCCUCCACGAUGCGAACUAUCUCCUGCGUAUGGGCUUCAACAUCCUGGUCAACACACAUAACUCACAGUGGUUCGUCAAACGGAGCAUUUAUGAGUAUUUGUGGGACUAUCGAGAGAACAUUUUGGAGACUACGAAGAAUUUAGCCCCGCAAAUGGUGCCUACAACGAAUAUGGGGAUGUUACAUAGCAUAUACAAAGACUUCGUGGAUAAUGUGACGGUGAAGAUAGGACCAGCUUGGGGACACCAUAACUUCUUUAAAAUAGAUAAAUAUGGGGGAAGGGAACAGUUGAAAGGCUACGAUAUAAAGUCUUGUAAUGACCGCCUGACCGGAUCAACAGAGGGUGUUCUCUAUCACCAACAUAUGAAAAAAGAUGAUGUUCUAUAUUAUUUGAGGAAAACUGUAUGUAGGACCAUGCCUUUAUAUUUUGAUCAGGAAUUAACAAUAGAUAACGUACCAGCGUACCGGUAUAAUUUAUCUGAAAAAGCGUUCGAUCGCAUCAAAAACGAUACGGACUGUUAUGACAUGCAGCCUUCUCUACCAGAUGGAUUGAGUGAUACGUCUAAAUGUUAUGAUGGUCUACCCUUGGUCGCGUCAUACCCUCACUUCUACACUAGCACAGAAUCUGAUGAAUAUGUCACCGGCCUGUCGCCAGACAGAGAGAAGCACAACUCCUUUGUUGUUGUUGAACCGCUAAGCGGAACACCAUUCAGAGCUGUCGCGCGGAUGCAGUGCAAUAUGAGAGUGUCAAAUUUAUCAGAUUUCAAUUUGAAACUCUACGAUCGCUUCUCAAACCUUGUGAUACCAGUUGGAUGGAUUGAAUACAGUCAAGAGGGGCUCCCACCAAUCAUUAAAUAUACUAUCUACUUCAUGGUUGUAGUCCUGCCACCGCUGUCAACAGCUCUCAUUUGCACCACACUUCUAAUAGGGUUUUACCUUAUAACAAAACAGAUAUAUCGCGCAAAAAAAGAUUUAUUUAAUCGUAACGUUGACAGAUUGACCAACAAUAAAGUACUCUCAUUCGAAACUGAAACGUUUAUUAAAGUACCCAGUUAACAUUUUACAAAAUGACCAAAAUAUAAGCGAAUUACAAACUAAAUGUAAUUUUGAUUGCAUAGUAAUCAAAUACAGUUGACAGCGUCAUAAAUGAAUCAAUGUACACUGUCAAAGAUCAACUGUAAUAUUCGUUCGUAAUUAAAUGUUAAUAAUGGGGAUUUUUAUGAAGACUGAAGAAUGUUGUUCACUUUUCGGUUCAUUUAUUGCUUAUUGUUUCGUUUUCAAAUAUUAUAUUAUCGAAACCACUAAUAUAAUUGGGACCAAUAACUCGUGGUAUGUGUUCUCUCUAUAUGAACUUUACAUGUGCCUUAACAAAUCAUGAAAAAAAAAAUUAGCCGAAAUAGGCAAAACAUAUUCGAGUUAUACUACGCUUAGAUAAUAAUGCCAAUUAGAGCAAAUAAUUCGAACUCUUAUCCUUAGCUUUGGACUAGAACUUUAACUGAAUUGUAAUAGUCUUGCCCUUCAUUAUUUAAUACAAUCAGUGUUGGCCUGCAAUAAACAACUAGAUCACAGAUUAUUAAAAAAAACUCACAAUUACUCACAAAAAUUGUAACGCGUAUGUUGGGUGUUUGCGACACAAGAAAAUUUGAACAUCACUGCUUCGAAAUAAGGUGUUAAUUUGAAUGAGAGUUUUAUACAACGCCGCUUGCACAUUUUUUGUAACCAAAUAUGCGAUUGUGCGUGUAGUUGUUUAUUACAGUCAAUGAAAGUAAAUUAAACUCACUUUAGUAGAAUUAAUAUGUACCUCAAUGGCCUCAUUAUAAGGUUAUGUUAUGUCAUGUGAUAUUAAUAGUAGAAAAUAAUGGUUAUGUAUAAGUAAUGUUGGUAAUGCUUUAUUUUCCUUUUUAUGUUGUUAUUUUUUUUUUAAUAAGACAUUACCUUGCACAAAUUUGUGACUAGUGGGCUAAAGGUAAAAGUUAAUUUUAAAAAUUAUUUUGGUUAUAAAAAUAUAUUUGUACAAGAAGUUUUAAGGGUUGAUAAUUAAAUUCGCGCCAUUAAUAACAAAUUCUUUAUUAUAUUGUUGGUGCCUUUCAGUUGGUAUUGCUGAAAUUAUUUUUGUGUAAAAAUUGCAGAUGGCAUAUUAAUUUUUUUGUUAAA